AUGGGUAAAACUUAUUCAGUCGAAAAGAAGGAAGAAGAAGUCAUAAUCGCGCAGAAUGGAGCCAACCAAGCUUCAACGUCCCACUUGGAGUUCAAGCUGGAAGUUCUAGGCAUUAUGGUCACCGUCAUGUCAUUCAUAAUCUUCAUAGCGUGUGCGGUGGCGUUGUAUAAAGCCGUCGGGUCAUUAGCGACACAUCGCGCCACCGAUGACACCAUCCACCCGCCCGCCGCACUCCCCGCGUCGGAGACAUCGCGGCGCGGCACCGAGUUGCAAGCCGUGCGUGUGACGUCAGCGGGCCACGCCUCCAACGACGCCACUCGCCCGUUCGCCCCGCCCACCGCGUCGGAAACAUCGCAGCCAACCAUUUCCGCGCGCGACCCGUCCGUCGCGCUUCACCGCGCACCUACUGACGCGCUAUUCAGUGCAAGUUCGACGCGUAAUAGUGAAAGUGAUAUCGAAAAUAUGAGUGCCGCUAACAUAGGCCCGACGCCUAAUUACCGCGAGUGCAGUAGUGUGGACGAAUUGUUAAUCAUGCUCGAUCGGGAUCCGGGUCCUGGCACCGCAUCCUCGCCGCGGACGGCAUACGAAUCGGAUCUGAUAUUUUUAGCUCAGUCCUUUGCAUGCUCGUUCGCGUCGCGGGGGAUGCUGCGCGCUAUGGCCCGUUAUGCCAAGACGCGAGAAGAGGCGCUGCGUAAUAGCGGCGCUUUACAAUCACCUCUGUCAGACGCUGAACAACGGGAGUUGGCGCAGGUCCGCAACGAGUGUCGCCUGCCGGCGCGCACCCCAGCCACCCCCGUGCGCCGCCCUUUUUCAGCCGUGGACCCCGGCUCGGAAGAUAUAUUAUUAGAUUUAUACGAAGGCAAUACGUCUGAUGCUAAUCAUUUUAAGGCCAAUAUACGACAAUAUAAUUCUAUAUAUAUAAAAACUGGAUCUUUGGUUCCGUUGCAAGGUCAUAAACCACAAUACAACCAAUUGUAUAUAAUUGAAGAUGAAGCAGCAUUAAAUGACCGAUUAUCUGAUUCUAGAAAUAACAUGUGUAGAAGCAAUAUAAUGAGGUCCUUACAAACAAUGCUCAAUGAAUCCAAUCCUUUUAUCAAAAUAUACAAAAAGGUGGCUGCAAUUUUAGCUGAAGAGGAAUUAAAAGCAGCGUCAGAAAAUCGACCCAAAUAUUCGGUAUCAAUGCAGUUUUAUAAACAUAAAUCUCUUGAUUUGCGUCGGUAUAACACACCAUCAAAGAAUGAGGUAGCGGCCAUCUUUGUAGGAGAAAACGGCGAACCUCCAUUAACCCUUAUCGUCAUUUUGUAUAGUAUACCAUACAUCCAACUUUAUAAAAAUAUAUGA